GGUAGCUCUGGGCGCGCAGAGCCAUCUCCCAGCAGAGGAAAUCGGCAAGUUGUGCCUCCUUUCCCCAGCGCAGAAUAGAGCAGGCAGUGUUUGGGGGCAUAGAGGGGAGAAGCAGCCAGCGCCGUCACCCCAGUGAGUCCAGCAGAGAUGGAUCCCGCAGAGAUCCCCAUCCAGAUGGAGCUGGUGGAGCUGGUGCCCAACGGGAAAUAUGCUGUGAAUGCCUCGGCCAUCCCCUUGGUGGGGAAUGCCAGGUUUGAAGAGCCCCAGCUCACGGUGGCGGAGAUGGAGGAGUUCCUGCCCCAGGGCCCUGACAAGAAGCAGACCCACUUCACGGAUUUCGAAGGGAAGACCUCCUUUGGCAUGUCCAUCUUCAACCUCAGCAAUGCCAUCAUGGGCAGCGGCAUCCUGGGGCUGGCAUACGCCAUGGCCAACACCGGCAUCCUCCUUUUCCUCUUCCUCCUGACCACAGUGGCCUUGCUGUCCAGCUACUCCAUCCACCUCCUGCUGAAGUCCUCCGGGAUUGUGGGGAUCCGUGCCUAUGAGCAGCUGGGCUACCGGGCCUUCGGCACACCAGGGAAGCUGGCUGCGGCCAUUGCCAUCACACUGCAGAACAUCGGAGCCAUGUCCAGCUACCUGUACAUCGUGAAGUCCGAGGUGCCGCUGGUGAUCCAGACCUUCCUCAACCUGGAGGAGAAGAGCGCGGACUGGUACCUGAAUGGGAACUACCUGGUGAUCCUCAUCUCCCUCACCAUCAUCCUGCCUCUUGCCCUGAUGAAGCAGCUUGGCUACCUGGGCUAUGCCAGCGGGUUCUCCCUCAGCUGCAUGGUCUUCUUCCUCAUCUCGGUAAUCUACAAGAAGUUCCAGAUCCCCUGCCCCCUCCCUGAGCAAGAUGGCAACGGCACAAGCAACCUCAGCAACGCCCAGGGCAGCGCCAGCGACUACCAGAACGGCUACCCACUCCUCCAGCCGGCUGCUGCUGGGGCCGCCUGCUCCGCCAGCCUCUUCACACUCAACUCCCAGACAGCCUACACCAUCCCCAUCAUGGCGUUUGCCUUCGUGUGCCACCCCGAGGUGCUGCCCAUCUACACAGAGCUGAAGGACCCCUCCAAGAAGAAGAUGCAGGGCAUCUCGAACAUCUCCAUUGCUGUCAUGUAUGUCAUGUACUUCCUGGCUGCCCUCUUCGGCUACCUCACGUUCUACGGCCGGGUGGAGUCGGAGCUGCUGCACACCUACAGCUAUGUGGACCCCUUUGACGUGCUGAUCCUGUGCGUGCGCGUGGCAGUGCUGAUCGCCGUGACGCUGACUGUUCCCAUCGUCCUCUUCCCGGUGCGCCGCGCCAUCCAGCAGAUGCUCUUUCAAGGCAAGGACUUCAGCUGGGUCCGUCACGUAGCGAUCGCUGUGGUCCUGCUGAUCACUAUCAACCUGCUGGUCAUCUUUGCCCCCUCCAUUCUUGGCAUCUUUGGUCUGAUUGGUGCCACAUCAGCCCCCUGCCUCAUCUUCAUCUUCCCGGCCAUCUUCUACAUCCGCAUCGUGCCCAAAGACAAGGAGCCCCUGAAGUCCACCCCCAAGAUCCUGGCUGCCGGCUUCGCAGGCCUCGGUGUGCUCUUCAUGGUCAUGAGUCUCAGCUUCAUCAUCAGCGACUGGGCGAUGGGCAGUGCCAAGAGUGGGGGCAGCCACUAGAGGGCAGCAGGAAGCUCCCUCCCACCCCUAGCCCACACCCUGGGAGAUGGGGCUGUCUGAGCCAUGCUCCCCUGCCCCUGUCCUGCUGCUAGUACUGUCCAGUGACCUCACCACUGCCGAGCCAGGGACAUGCCCGGGGCCCUGCGGCACUACUGGGAUUUCCCCAGCGCAGGCGAGCCAGACCUUCGCAGCUAAUAAAUGUAGCAUUGGGGGGGGCGAGCAAUCCCCCAGCUGCGGGGUGGGCACAGCUAAGCUGGGCCAGUCCAGCUGGGGAGCUUCGAGUGCCAGAAGGAGCAGAAGCAGGUCUAAUGGCUGUAGCAUGGGAGUGGGCUCUAUUCCCUGCUCUGCCCUUGUCCGGCUAGGUGAGCUUGCCUCAGUUUUCCCAUCUGUAAAAUGAGGCUGCUACUUCCCUACCUCACUGGGGGGCUGGCCGUGAGACAAAGCAGCUCCAUGCACAUGUGGAGCAGCCAGAAGCCCACAGAUGGUGGCACCAGCAAGGCGAGCAGAGAAUUGUUUCAGGGGGGCAACAAACAGGAAGCGAGUGCUGCCAAGUGGGAAGUGACACAGACAGAGGGCACGUCCUGUCAGGGAGCAGCUCGUCAACGAAAAAGAAACAAAAUGGGGUGGGGUGUAGUGCUGUCCCGCCCUGUGCCUCAGUUUCUUUUUCCCUGCUGGGGCACAGGGCCAGACACACUCUUCAGAACCCCCUUUUUUUGUUGGGGGUGGGAAGGUCCCAUCCUCUGUGCAGUGGCUUCAGAGUUGUGCUAAGCCUGCAGCCAUGAUCUCACACCUGCCAAGGAAGGUGGCAUUUGGGGUGAAUUGAGGGGCAGGAAUCCCUGCACUGGGGGGAACAGGGCCUCAGCUUGUCUCACCUUGGUCUAUGUAGGUGGAGGGUCCAAUGCCAGCCCUCAUAUGCCCUCCCCAGCUGCUAUUGCAAUGAGGGCCUUGCCCACUGCCUGGAGCAGUUCCCUGCCCCACAGCACUGAGAGAUCGUCCCCUCCUUCUAAGGAGGGCCCUCCCCAUUGGCUGGCAGAUGGUGCCCCCCUGAGAGUUGGCAGUGUGUCCUGGAAAUUGUGGCCCUGUCACUGAGCCUGUAUAGAAACUAAACAAUCCCUAAAACUUGAUUUGCUGCUAAUUGAAAUAGUUUAGGAGAAUCUACAUUAAUUUAUAUUGUAUAUGUGUACACACACACACUAUUAUUAUUGUGUUACUGACCUUCGGUUAGUGGGCUCCAUAGGGUGCCCAUCCUGUGCAGACAGUGUCAGAGCUGGGAGGGUCCAGUGAAAUCAUGUCUGGUUGGCUGCUGUCUUUAAUUUGGGAUGCUCCCUCGUUACUGCUUGUGGUGAGCAUGAGGAGCAUCAGUUCACCAUGGGCCUCUCCUCUUGUCCUCCCACCCUGCCAGUUGGCCGGGGUGAAGCCAGACCUGGGGGGCUGGCAGCGUGCACCAGUUUAAUAUCUUCUGCACCCCUUUGGACAGGUGUUUUCCACCUCUGUGACCUGCAGUCCCAUCAGACUUCAGCCCAAACCAAAGAUGGCUCCCAGCCCUCUCCACAUGCUAUGGUCAUGGGCCCCUCUCCUUCACAGUCUGUCUGGCUGAGGGGCAGGAUGUGGGCAGAAGAAGCCACUGUGGAUGUGGCCUCCUCACAGACCCAUGGCAGGAGCCGUUCUUGGGGCCUCUGAGUGGGGAAACCUGCAGAGCUCCCUAGCUAGCUGUAGGGGAGGUGGUCCCCAGGCAGUGAGGGGGCCUCCUGCCCUAACCAUUAGUGAGAGUUUGACUGCGCUGCCCCUAGCACCGUGUGAGCCAUGUGAUGGUUUUGAUUUCCCUAGAG